UAGCCAAACCCUAAUUUUCCUUUUCUUUUCGAUAUUGAAUGUUUUUUUUUUCAGCCACACAUUGGGUCAAACCCUAACUUUUGUGAUUUUAUUUUAUUUUCUGGGUUGUUUUAUUCCAUUUUGCAAUUUUUUUUUUUCUGUGGAUUAUCUUUGUUUCUUAUCUUUUCCUCUUAUUAUUUUUAAAACUUUUGUUUUCAUCACAUAUAUGAAUCCCCAAUGUUGUGUUUGGUUGAUGAGAAAGUGGAGUAAGGAAAUCGUUGUCAAUUGAAAUUUUCUAUUCCUAUUUCUUGGCAAUGGCAACCAAAAUGGAUUGCAAUGUCAAUACGAGGACACGGUCAACCGAUUUGCCCUGGAAAUUGUUAUUACUAUUAUCAUUAGGAAUUGGCCAAAAAAAUCGUCAUCGUUAUUUUUAUAAUAGUAAUUGGCAAUGGCCCUGCAAAUUGUUUUCUUAAGUGAAAACAGAGCUCUUAAAAUGUUCGGUGAAGAAUAUCUCACUUAUGAAAUAAUCCAUGAUUUUCUGAGAUCAAUUUCAUGAAUAAUUAUGAAAAUUAUGUGUUUUUUGCAUGCUGGAGUGUGAGAUUUUUUUUAAUGCUUUUUGGAUCGUAACAUUUUGUAUCCAUGAGUGGAGCUUGAUAAUUGAAGUGUAUGAGGUCUGCAGGGCAAUUUUUGAGUUGUAUUUGGGAUUGCUUAUGCAGAAGCAUACAUUCUCUAUAGGGUAUCGUAAUAUUAUUAGAUUUAAAAAUAGUAAAAGAAUGGUGAAUAUAAACUGAGAAAUUUGGUUAUCUACAAAGGGUUGUUGGUUGGUUGUGUCAAGAAAAUUCUUCUUUUUGGAUAUCUCCCAAAUCAGUGCAAUUUUUUGCCCAUUGCUUGAAAUGUUAGCAUCGUGCUUCUGCCUGCCAUUGCAUGACAUGCUAGUUUUCCAUCUCAUCCUCACUAAAAGACUGCCAGAAAGUUGCUCCCAAAUUUAAGAAACAUGGAAAGAUUCCCCUAUUCUAUGUGUAUUUGACAUUUGAGCAUACAACAAAAUCAUUGAUUCCAAACUUUUACAAUUUAAUAUAAAUGUGUGAAAAAGUGUAUUUUUUUUUUUGUAGCUUCUAUUCAUAUCCUGGACCACUAGAUGCUUUUCUGUUAUAUUCUUACUCAUGUGGGCCUUGUCUGAAGUUGUACUAGGUUUUGAUGUUAUCCAUUUUAAUAUUCUUGAUACUGUGACAAUUAACUUCCAUGAACCAACAAAAUUUUGAUCACCAAGUUCUCUGAACUCCUGUUCAUUUUAAGCACUUUCAAAUCAGGAAAAAACUGGCCAGAAAAUUGCAUUUCCAUACUAUGAAAGUCAGGUUGAACACUAAAAAUAGGAUGUUGCAACCUAAUAUUUUAAAGAAGAGAGUUUUUCCCCUCCACGCUCAAUAUGAUUCAAUAUGUGAAAUGCCCUUUUAGAAUGGGCAGGUGAUCCUAGCAUUCUAUGAUCCCCAAGGGAGAUAUAUUUUGUAGACCUUGGAUCCAGCUCUUUACAAAAUAAAGGUUAGAAAUGUUCCCAACUCCAAGAGUAAGAAGACCGCAUGGAAAUUGGAGAUUCAAUAUUUAACUUUAACCAUAGGCAGUAGUGAUUCUAGAAACAUGGAUGGUUAUCUUUAUCUGGUUCCAGGUUACGUGAUCGUGACAUCAUCUCUAAGAGUGAUCCUAUGGUAGUAGUAUAUACUAAGAAAAGAGAUGGAACACUUGAGGAACUUGGGCGCACAGAAGUAAUAAUGAACAGCUUGAAUCCAGCUUGGAUUAAAAAAAUUACUGUUGCCUAUCACUUUGAGAUUGUUCAACCAUUGAUAUUUCACGUGUAUGAUGUUGAUACAAAAUAUUUCAAUUUACCUGUGAAGAUGCUGAAGUUGAAUGAUCAAGAAUUCCUUGGGGAAGGCGGUUGUGUUCUGUCAGAGAUAGUGACUAAACAAGGCCAGAGCUUAACCCUAGAUCUUCAUAACAGAAAUGGGAACAGGGGUUUGAAAAACCUAGGGAAACUCACUGUCCAUGCAGAGGAAACAGUUGCUUCAAGGAAUGCUAUUGAGGUUAUAUUCCAUUGUUCACGCUUAGAAAACAAGGACUUGUUUUCUAAAAGUGACCCUUUUUUAAGAAUAUCUAGGAUUGUUGAAAAUGGAGGUUCUAUUCCAAUUUGCAAGACAGAAGUGGUUGAUAACAACUUGAAUCCAAUCUGGAGGCCUUUAUGUCUGACAAUGCAGCAAUUUGUUAGCAAGGAUAACCCAUUAGUUAUCGAGUGCUUUGAUUUCAAUAGUAGUGGGAAUCAUGUACUGAUUGGUAAACUUCAGAAAUCAGUGGCAGACCUGGAAAAACUUCAUAAACAAAAAACUGGUGCCAAUUUCAUCUUACCCUCUUCUGCUCAGCAUGGUUAUGAGAAGGUUCUGAAGGGCCAGCUAUUUGUUGAUCAAUUUUGUGAGAAGCCUCUAUACAGUUUUAUUGAUUAUGUUUCUAGUGGAUUUGAACUUAAUUUUAUGGUUGCUGUCGAUUUUACCGCAUCAAAUGGAAAUCCGCGAACUCCAGAUUCUUUGCACUACAUUGAUCCUUCUGGCCAGUUCAAUGCUUACCAACAGGCUAUAAUGGAGGUUGGAGAGGUAAUACAAUUUUAUGAUUCUGAUAAGCGCUUUCCUGCAUGGGGAUUUGGGGGAAGGACAAUUGAUGGUACCAUAUCACAUUGUUUUAACUUGAAUGGAAGUGCUAGUGGCGUUGAGGUUGAAGGGGUCCAAGGGAUCAUGGCUGCCUAUGCAAGUGCACUGAACCAUGUUGCUCUGGCGGGACCGACUUUAUUUGGACAAGUGAUCAACAAUGCAGCUGAAAUUGCUGGCCAGUCCCUCUCCUAUAGCAGCUGCAAAUAUUUUGUUUUGCUUAUCAUAACGGAUGGAGUACUUACAGAUCUCCAAGAAACAAAAGAUGCUUUGGUCAGGGCAUCUGAUUUGCCCUUAUCAAUUCUGAUAGUUGGAGUGAGAGGAGCAGAUUUUAAACAAAUGGAGAUCCUUGAUGCUGAUGAUGGUCGUCGGCUAGAGAGUUCUACAGGACGUGUGGCAACUCGAGAUAUUGUACAGUUUGUUCCCAUGAGGGAAGUGCGUGCAGGUGGGCAAACUUCCGUAGUCCAAGCUCUAUUAGAAGAGCUACCUGGGCAGUUCCUGACUUACAUGAGAAGCAGAGAUAUUAAACCCGGUGCAGUCAACAUAGCUCAAACAUCUGCUUCCCAUGCCACCAUCUAGUAAGGGUUGUCUCCCAUUCAUCACUCCAGAGUUCCAAGGCAUUGUAAAUACCGAAACUAGGUUGACAAUAUACAUGUCUAUAGGAUCCACAGAUGAUUGACAUAUCCCAAAGGGAAAAGGUUAGAUUACUUAGUCUAUACUGGGUACAAUCUGUUUUCAAGAAUGAUGAAUUGGCCCAAUUGUAGUAACAAUUGAUAGCAUUGGAAUGCACUGAUUUGAUUACAAAUAUUCAGAGUUUCAUCA